CUUUUUCCUCCUUGGCGCAUGUGACUUUUAUUCUCUCUCCGGGCUUCUUUCUUCUCUGUUCUUUAGUACUUCCAUGCUCUGAAAAUGAGUCCAGAGAGGAAGUAGAGACUUCAAAUCUGAGAACCCCGGCGUUUUUUGUUUGGUUUUUCUUGCACGGUUCGGUUUUACUCAUAGCUCUGAAAGGAGUUCAAUUUCCCCCUCUAUUCCAAGUCUUGUGAGCAAUUUACUGGGGUUUUCGCGCUGUUGGCCACCGACUUGGAUUGUAUAACGUUGCUCUGUUGAAAAGGGGGCAAAAAGUCGCUCGCGCUUCAAUGUUCUAGUCGAUACCAAGAUUUCUUAUUUUGUUGAAAAGAAAUACUUCGAUCUUCUUGCCAAUCACUUAAGGGGGGUAAAUGCGCAAAGCUGCGAAUCUUUAUUCGCCUCCUAUCUGCCCUGCUUAUUUUGGGCUCUACAAAAUUCGGAGUCGCUUCGUUUCUUGUUAAUGCGGACGAGUUCUUCGAACUGAAUUAGAAAUCUAACAAGACACCGUUUUCUUUGCUGUUACGGGCAGAUUGGAUGGCAGUGGUAACUGAGUUUCGAAGUUGGGAUGAACUGAUUCCAGAUGCACUGGGGCUAAUCUUCAUUAAUCUGCCGCUGCUGGAAAAAAUGACGGUAAUCCCCAGGGUUUGUAAAUCGUGGGCUAAAGCUGUCACCGGACCUUACUGCUGGCAGGAGAUAGACAUUGAGGAGUGGAGCAACCGUUGCCAGCCCCACCAACUCGACCGCCUGCUUCGCCUGCUCGUUACCAGAAGUUCUGGAUCUCUUCGCAAGCUCUCUGUUUCUGGUCUACAAACCCAUUCCAUUUUCACUUUCGUUGCUCAAAAUGCCGGGUCUCUCCAGACUUUGCGAGUGCCGAGGAGUAAUAUGAGUGAUUCCAUAGUUGAAGAUAUUGCUGGAAGGCUUUGUAUGAUUUCUUUCUUGGAUGUGAGCUAUUGCAUUAAAAUGGGUGCACAUGCUCUGGAGAUAAUUGGGAAGAACUGUAAGCUACUGGAAGGGCUGUGUCGCAACAUGCAUCCAUUGGACACAGCAGGAAAGCCCUUCCAAGAUGAUGAAGCCUUGGCAAUUGCCUCCACCAUGCCUAAGCUCAAGCAUCUUGAGAUGGCUUACCAUCUCAUCAGCACUGAGGGUGUCCUUCGAAUACUCUCGGUUUGUCCUAAUCUUGAAUUUCUGGAUCUGAGGGGCUGUUGGGGAGUCAAACUCGAUAAUGUGUUCCUGAAGCAGAGUUUUCCAAAACUCAAGGUCUUGGGUCCUCUUGUUCUGGGCUAUUAUGAGAGGGAAGACUGGGACGAUUGCUCUGAUUUCUCGGAUGCUUCUGAGUAUUUGUCCUGGGAGUUUGUUGCUGGCGAUGUGGGUGGCUAUGAUGAUGAAAGUGAGAGUUAUGAUGGGAUGUGGGACGAUGAAGGAAGGCUGGAGGAGCUUGAGUUGAGGUUCUAUGAAGGAAUUGAUGAUGCAAGAAUGUAUUGGCCUCCAUCUCCUUAACGUGUAUUUCUAUCUCUCGUAUAUUGCAUCUUCUCCUACUUUCUAGGAUUGAUGCUUCUUUUUUUUUUUUUUUUUGGUUGACUUUUUUUAUGCCCCAUCAAUAUGUAUUGCCAUGACAACGAAGCAGUUUCUAUUGACCUUCUUCCCUGUCAGGACUUAGUA